AUGUCCUCAACCACCACAAGUUCCUCGUACGUAACCCCAUCCACCAAUGUGAUAUAUGAUAGUGGAGCAUUGCUUGUACCCCCUUCGACGCCUCAAAAGUCACACUUCUUUGGAUCUUUGAGGUCGCGUUCCCAAAAGGCUGUAACCUCUUCACUGUCGCUUUUCACCACUGAAACAAGUUCCUCGUUUCCGACGUCAUUCUCGUUACCGGCAUCUGAACCGCAGCUCUCCCAGCCGCCAGGCUUUCCAAGCUCCUUGGCGCGGAAGUCGAGUACAAUUCGAUUACCCUUCUCACCAAAGUCGAAGGCCCCGGAUAGUGCCCUUCCCAAUAUAUUUGUGGAAGCAUCAGACGCUACACGACCGCGCAUCGUGUACACCGGCAAAGGCCACGCUCCCAGAGUCUCUUUAUCUUCGAUCGCUAGUCAGUCACGAAGCACUAAGAAGAAGUUGGUCAUCGGUGGCAUCGCGCCGAAUGACGUUAAACGUCUUGAGGCUGUUCAAAAGUGGUGUCAGUCAUUUGGCGAAGUGGAUCAAAUCACGAGGAUGCCUAAUGGCGAUCUCCAUGUGAACUUCCACAAGGCUGAAGUUGCAGAUACUGUGUGUCGUGUGCGCGCCAAAGUCUACAUCUCGGGUGUAGGUAGCGUACAUCUCUCUUGGUAUUCUGGAAAUAAACGACCAUAG